UCAGCUUUGUAUUAUUAACUCUUGUUUGGCAUAUCGUGUCUUUAAACUUCUGAUUUCCUUAAUGACAUUUCCCUACUUACUGCAAGAGACUGACUCUUCCUUUCCCAAAUAGCAUUACUUCUCUGAACUCCUCUCGUGGGUUACUUUAAGGCACCCUUUUUUGCCAGUCAGCUUCAAAGUGUACAUAUUGGUCCUUCUGUUGUCAAGUUGAUCAUUUAGAUAAUUGAAAUUCCCCAGAAUGAGUAGUGCAGGAAGAAGAAAAUCCUGUUUGACCUGCCCCGUAUCUUGUUUUACCUGCUGCAUAAGACAAAGUAAUACAUAACACAGUUGUAAAAGGCGGCUAAAACUAGUGCAAUGGUUCUAGAGUUCACCUUAUCUUCUUGGAGGUUCUGUUUCUGUUGUUGUUCAACUUUAUGGUGAUUUUUAUGAUGUAAUUUUGGUUGCUUGUGAACCGUAUUGCAUCAUAAACAGAGGUGUUUCUGUUAAAAAUCAAGCACAACUAUGAAGGUUACACUUUAGGGUCUUCAUUUUAAAGUAAGUGCCUGACACGAGUGUGACAUUACUGCUGAGAGCAUUUUAGAUAUGUUUAAGACCAGAUUCUUUAUCCUCAUUAUUUGUCUAUGAAACAUAAUAGGAGUUCAGGUAUAUAACUGCAGACUAAGUUAUCUGAUCGAGCUUCUCAAUCAUCUCCUGUGUCAGUAUGUGGGACAAAUGUUGAGUAAUGGAGGCAGGGUUCUCUGUAAGGUGGCGGUAAUACAGAGAUAAUCAGUUUCGACAUGUAAAGAGCUGGGCGAGCUGUGAAGCACGGACACAAUCCAUUACUGAUCAGAGGCCUGCUCCUUGUAGUCAAACACCCAUCCUUACAAGAUUACUGAACACCUACAUUUAUCAGCUUUAAUUGGCUUAGGCUUUCCUAACGCUGAGCAGCUUCUGUGGAGGGUUCAGUGUGACCUUCAUCUCUCACUCCUCACUCACACCAGUGUACAACUAAAAAGGAAACAUUGACAGUCACAUCCACACUGCUGACGUUUGAUGUUGACAUGUGCACUGUUUGUUCACGGGGAGAUGGACUUUGAGAAGCUACAUCCUUGAACAUAACAUUACAUUUUUGCACUUUACAUUGUACAUUUAUACUUUAUUUAAUAUUCCAUUCAUUGCACUAUUAUAUAUAUAAUAUCCUGCUUUAUAUUUUGUUCAUGUCAAUAGUGUUUACUUGUCUGACCGUUUAUAGACUAUUGAUCUUCAAAGUCGACUGUAUAUUUAUCUUUUCUCUAAUGCCAGCUCACUUUCAUUUUCAUUUGUAUUUCUAUUUCUUCUUUGAGAUGUCUACACUUGAGCAUUGUUUAUUUCUUCUUUAAUUUCUCAUAAUUUUCUGUGCCUUGUAUUGUUUUAUGCUGCUGCAACACAAACACUUCCCAGUUUGGGAUUAAUAAAGUAAUUCUUAUCUUAAAUCUCAGGUGUAGUCAAACACUGAAGAAAGGACUAUUCGUCCCAAAUGAGUUUUAUGAAGACCGAUGAUCCUAUUUAUUGAGCAGGGUGACACGUCUAUGAAGCUGAUAUAUUAUUGUUGUUGUGGGGUUUUUCGGGAGGAAGGUUUGUUUUUGUCUGAUAAAAUGCAACCAUUUAAUAAUUAUACACAAACAAAAGUUACAUUUUUUUUCAGAGGUGAGUUAAUGCCAUUACCAGUCCUACGAUUCUCUAUAUAGCCUUCUUCAACAUACACUCCUUUUCAAAUACAAUUUGUAUUCCUCUGAAAACUCUUUCAAACCACUAUUUCUUCUAACUUCUAAUAUUACAUUUGAAAGGUUUGCACUGCAUUGUCUCUGUUUGCCUUAGUAUACCUGCCCUCUGUCUGUAAUGCAAUCCUUUUCAUUUUAAAAUCAAUGGACCUUUUAAUUAGUAAUAGGCCAAUUCAUCUGUGGGGUGACUUGAAGUUUAAUAAAAUAAUAUUAGAAAACUUGUUUUCCUCUGUUUAUGUUGUGAUUAAUAUUGUAACAAAUAUAUCUUGUUUAUACAGCCCCGGAAAAAAGUAGGAGACCACUUCAGCAUUAUCAGUUUCUCUUGUUUUAUUUUUUAUAGGUCCAGUUAUAGGUAUAGUCUUUUGAGUUAAAUGUUUUAUUUUUAUUUUAUUGUAUUCUCUACACUGCUGGCAAUUUUUCUCUGUGUUGGAAUUCAACUCACACUGGAAUGGCGGCCAUAGCUACAUGUAGAGAUAAAGAUUUAAGAAAGAAUUGGAGUGGUCUCUUAAUUUUUUAAGGUGCUGUAUAUGCCAAUACAGAUCUGUAGUGUUAUUUAUAGGACAUAAUAAUAUUAUAGUAGCAUUAUUAUUUGCACAUAUUCAUACUUGAAAACAUGAUUAUCUUGUGGGUGCGUUUCACCUCAGUGUCACUUCUUCUUGCAUGCGUGGGAGGGGCUUCUGUUUCUUUAUUUAAAGUUCAUAUGAGCUGUGUUCAUCCUGCUGAUCAUUUGUUCUGCUCUGUUCUCAGGAUGAUGGCUGAAGGGUAAUUUCCAAAGAGUCUCGUUCCCUCAACCCAAAGGGAUCCCACUUCCCCUUUUUUUACUCUCAUCUGCAGUUUUGCAACCCCUCCCUCGGCUGUCCUUGCGUGUCCUAUCUUCGCUAAUUUCCCUUGUCUCUAUGGGACUUCAUGGAAUGCUUGCAUUCCACAGUAGGAUCAUGUGAAUUCAUUUUGAAUUGGACAAUUUUCCUGACACGCUCCUGACUGAAAGACAGAAUAACUUUCACAUUUGAAAAACUGACAAUGUGAUCAGAGAUCAACUUCCUGCCCAUCUGAGAUCGCCUUCACGGUCUCACUUCGGUUCCGUCACUUUGGUUCCCUACCUGCAGCCUUUUCCACAACCCCAUCCCUUUUUCGAGUGUCAUUGGGCCAUGGUUCGCAAGAAAGGUUCUCUUAUACUAUGCGGUGCUUUCCUGUUUGUCGCCUGGAAUGCUCUGCUUCUGCUCUAUCUUUGGGGUCGUCCUCCCAUCGGUGGUCUCGGAGAAGGUGGUGGAGCCGAACCAGGAGGAAAAGAGGAGUGGGGCAUGGGGAAAGGAGGCGGGGUUAACCUGGCAGGGGAGGUGAUCCGGCUGGCAGAGGAGGUGGAAGUCCAGCUCGAUACCCAGAAAAAGCUACUGAAGCAGAUUGAAAGUCACAGAGCAUUGUGGGCCAGGCAGAAAGAUGUCGGGAAAAGAGAAAUGGAGGACAGAAAAGAAGUCAAAGAAGAGGUUGUCCACCAGCCACAGAAGCUUCAGCCUAUCAAGGAUAACGUGGAUGAUACGGAGCAAGCUCAAGUGAAACAAACACAGAGGCCUGUUCACACAGAAGCUUCAGACACUGACUUGGAUCAUCCCCAGGUCAAUGAGCCAAAGGAAGGUAUUGGCGAGAACAAACCGCCGACUUCCCCUGCCACCCCAGAAGUCGUCAUUCCCAUCCUGGUUAUCGCCUGUGACCGUGUGACGGUGAAGCGCAGCCUGGACAGACUGAUACAGUACCGCCCCUCUCCACAACUUCAUCCAAUCAUCGUCAGCCAGGACUGCGGCCAUACUGAGACGGCUCGGGUGAUUGGCUCGUACGGAGAUCAAGUGACGCACAUCCGCCAACCAGACCUGUCUGACAUCAGAGUGCGGCCGGAGCAUAGGAAAUUCCAGGGCUACUACAAGAUCGCCCGGCAUUACCACUGGGCCCUCCAGCAAGUGUUCAACACGCUCUCCCAUUCAACUGUGGUCAUCGUGGAGGACGACCUGGAGGUGGCCCCGGAUUUCUUUGAGUAUUUCCGAGCACUGUACCCGAUCCUGCGCGACGACCCCACCCUGUGGUGUGUUUCUGCGUGGAACGAUAACGGCAGGGACGCCCUGGUGGACCCCUCCAAAGCCGAGCUGCUCUACAGGACAGACUUCUUCCCCGGGCUGGGCUGGAUGCUGCUCAAAGACAUGUGGGACGAACUGGAACCCAAGUGGCCCUCGGCCUUCUGGGAUGACUGGAUGCGUCAGCCGGAGCAACGUAAGGAGCGCUCCUGCAUCCGGCCUGAGAUCUCCCGGACUAUUACCUUUGGCCGCAAAGGCGUCAGCUUAGGUCAGUUCUUCGACCAGUACCUGCGCUACAUCAAGCUUAACACUGAAUCUGUGCCUUUCACCAAACUGGAUCUGUCUUAUUUGCUUAAAGAGAAGUACGAUGAGAGUCUUAUAAAAGAGAUCUACAGCGCCCCCCUGGUGAAGAUGGAGGAGCUGCAGCAAGGGGGCACCCUGAGGGGACCGGGGCCCUUCAGGGUGCAGUACUCGAGCCGCGACACUUUCAAAGUCUUUGCUCGAAAUCUGGGAGUAAUGGACGACUUGAAAUCCGGAGUUCCUCGAACAGGUUACAGGGGCGUAGUGAACUUCCUGUACCGCGGUCGCAGGGUGUUCCUGGCCCCGCCUGAGGGCUGGACGCAUUACGACGUGAGCUGGAGCUGAGGAGCCGAUCCACUCUGAACUAAUGUGAACGGUGAUGAAGAGGGGAGGCAGCCUUACCCAGAGGAACACCCUCUCAGACCAAAGAGUAUCAGAGCAGUGGUUCAUGAAGGAGUCCACCCAGCCUGUGUGUGUGAGGGAAACAAGACGCUCAGCAAGUGCAGCGGCCACACGCACGUUUCAUAACAGCUGCUGGCAACGUGCCUUGCUUUCUGUGCCCAUGUAUUUGGUAUAUUUUUUGCUCCUAUGAAAAACCGGCCAAAUGUAGACUCUGCAUCACACGCAGGCGUUUGGGGAAUUUGGUAGCAGGAAGUCAUUUGAAUUGUCAACAGAAGAACAGGUUUCCAGUGUUGAAUUUUUUUACAGAGGCUAUUGAAAAGACCUUUCAAAUCGUUUAAGGCGCCUAACAAAUGCCAUAUCCUGUGCUGAAGGCCUCCUAUGAAGUGCUGAUGGUCUACAUUAAAGAGAAAGAGAGGAGGACGAAGCUGAGACAUCCACUUUCCAAAUGAGCACGAUCCAUCAGUUUGUUGAGCAGCUCAUCAAAUCUGCUAGAGAAUAUAAAAAGUAACAGAUGUAAGGUGGGAGAAAAUAAAAUGCCAGGUAGAAAUAAAAUAACCACCAACAGGAUUUGAUCAGAUGAAACAUGGAGUCAGUACAGACCAUGUAGGAUUUCUGUUUCAUGUAGCUUACAUAUCCAUCUUCCAGUGGCAGCAGCUCCACUCGGCGAGACGGAGAGACAUCCCCCAGAUUGUUUGACUUCACGGUGUAUGUAUUGAUUUUAAUGAACGAGACCUCUUUGGUGGAAGUAAAAAAAAAAGUGUUGUUACCUUACACACCCCUGUUGAUGGAUCAGCACACCUACACUUCCACAUGACGAAAGCAUCGAUGCUGCUCCGUGCCACUGUGUUAUGAAUGUAUAAAGAAGACAUUGCUUUCCCCAUCCAACAAGUCAUAUCAGGUCUAGCUUGGGUAAAAACGAUACGGAACACUAAAUUUGAUCAAUUUAGUGUUAAUCAGACCACGAAGAAUGAGCUCCCUGCAUAUACCCACGGCCCCUCCCCCUCGAGGGACUUAACUUCACUGGGGGGAUGAUGGUGCAGCUCCGGGGCCGUGUAGAAACCUACAUUAUGUUGCUAAAUGUUACAGCAUUCCUGGGCAAACAGAAUAUUUAAUAUAACCUGAGCGUUGGAGAGUAACAAAGUACAUAGGCUCAAGUACUGUACCAAUGUACAAAAUGUGACGAGCAAAAAAACCAAGAUAAACGAGCGACUAGGCUACAGAUUGUUUGCUUGUUUAUUCUCCUCACAUCCAUUGUGAAUUAGUAUUUCAUAUUAUGAAGCUUGAACAUCACCUCAGCUCUUCAUAACUAUCAUCGUCGGUCAUUUAAAAAGCACUAUUUUCAUCAAUCUACUGUAACAAACAUGCUCUACGAAGCGACUUCGCUGUCAUAUUCAAACUUGGCGGAAGGAAAACAGUGCGGGUGAUGCUGCGUCGAUUAUUUGGACAUGUGGAAGUGGCCGUGUUUAAAUCUAAACUCGGUUGGAAAAACAAAAGCAUCGACUUCGACUGUAUAUCAUUCUUAGUGUGACACAUUUCAUGAGCUGCUCAUCAGAAUCAGCUUUUUUGGCACAGGGCAUUGUGGGUAAACAUGUAAGGACAUGUGUCUGGGUUUAGGUUGCUCUCAAGGUACCUACACACUAGCAGUAGACAAAUAUAGGUUGAAACAAACAUUAAUGAUGAUUAAUUAUUAAUAAUUAAUAAUAAAUAAAGAGUUCUGGGUGGGCAGGUAGGUGGAACCUCAGUGGCUGAGUUGAUAUGAAGUGGGUGGGACCCCAGAGCUCCCUGUGCCCUGCUGUCAGGAGCCCUCACCCCCUGCUGCUGCUCUCUGGGGGCUCUAAUGUGUGAUGUAUUUAAUGUUUCAGCCCGGUUCAGACCCAGCAAUGUGACGGCUGCAGAGUAUUGGCAUCUGCAUCUCACUUUCUAUAAGGGAGUGUGUAAAUGUGUUGAAGGAAAGGGUAAAUAUGAAGGAUGAGAGUUUAAUAGUAAGGAUAUUUUUGAAAAUAUUUAAUGUUCUUAAACUUUUUAACAAGUUUGCAAAAACGAAAAAAAUGAGAUGUACAUGUCACUGAUUUCCUGAUGACACCCCCCGCCCUCCCCCUGCAGCCCUGACCCAGGGUCAGCUGUAAUCACAUGACAUCCAAACAGAGGUUUGGGCAGCUUAGGUUUGUUACAGAACCACUGAUUGUUGGACAGGUGUUAUUUGUUUGUGCUACAUGAAGGCUGUGGAGGAGAGGAGUAUCACUGUACUGUAAACGCUUCGGGAGAUUAUCCACCUGACUGAUGGAGCCCAUGUCUGUAUGGUGAUGUGUAAAACCACUGCCUGUGUUUAUAACUUUAAUACAGUACAAAUAAAAUCAACUAUUUUGA